AUGCAACCUAUUUACGAGUUCAACGGAUGUCAACUGAAACUGGCCGCAAUAAAUACAAAUAGAGUCCCAAAUGCCCCAAAGAGCUGCAUCGCGGAGAUCUUCAACGCGGACACGACAGACGGGGGCAGCCCGGUCAAGAACGGCUCGACUCGGUCGCGCACAGUAAGGGACACCCCCACCCGCCCCAGGGACACGCACUCCAGACUAUUUGGACAGGGUGGCGGAUCUUCCUCCGUGACGCCGAUGAUAACAGACACGAUCCGCAGCCACAUCCAGUUCGGCGACUCGCAGAUGAACGGCGGCAGCCCAGCCCACUCGCCCAAGAUGAACGGGAGCGCCACGUCGACACCCAGUAGAGGUGAGGGGGAGCCGGCCAACAACUUAUCGUACUCACCGCCGAAGAGGAACCCGGUGACCGGCGACGGUGUGCAACUGCCUCCGCAGCGGCGCAGACACCCGGCGGCCGCCCUACGAGGUGCUGACACUCAGGAAUACCUCGAACCGACACCGACCCAUCGAUACUUGACCCGCGACUGGCCUCCUCCACCCGCUAACUAUUAUGUAGAAUCCACAACCAAACCCAGCUUGAAGCUACGACAGACUCCUUACACCCUUCUCGGUCUUGAGACCGACGAUCCAGAAAAGCCCCAUCCAAUAAUAGAUCCAGACUCGAUCGAGCCUCAGCUAGCUCUUGACAGGCAUUGGCCUCCCUUUCCAGCCCAGCAUUACCUGGAACCGAAAGAACACUCAGUACCCCAUCAUCCGCUACCCCCACACGCUUUUGUUGGCAUGACCUCCGCGUUGGGCGAAAGGCCGAUGCCAGAUUAUAAAUAUAACCCAAUACCGACUUUAGAUGGUCCCGUAGAUCCGUUUGUAGUUAGCAACCUCGAUCCACCACCGACUCUUUUCAAAUACGAGCGAGACGCUCCCAUUCCUGACGUUACACCCAUACAGACGACACCCGGUCCCGGUCCUAGCACCCUAACGGGGUUUCCCCCAAUAUUCCACGAGUAUGUCCCCGGAUUCCUGUUCGAUAGACGUCAGCAUGUGGAGGACUUCAAGCAUAAGACGUAUUAUGUAGACUAUGUUCGCCGAAGAGAGAUGGAGGGCAACCCCAUCACUGGCGACGGCUACAAAUCACUGAACGGUCAAAUUAAUAUGGUAACAUCGAUAAACGGAAACACCAGCAUUCUUCACAACCGCGUGCCUCCUGGUGGCUACUCAUCUGGGCUUUGGUAA